UUUUGCAGCCCCGGACGACCGGACCGGAGGUUGCUCCCAUACCUUUUACUUUCGUUGUUCCCAAUGCCAUGUCGGCUUGUCUUCACCACAGUACUGUACCACCACUGGCCAUUGCAGCCCUGCUUUCCGCUUUCACCUCCAAUCCAAUCCUGCAUCGACUCGCCGUCGCCGCCGGCGAACCUCAGAACGUUUCGAGUUCAGGCGAAGGCAUCUCUGUCACUCUGAUCUCAUCUUCGUCGUCAGUCCAGACUAGAGUUCGUUAGUUCCACCGGCAGCUGCAGGCAGCAGGCAGCCUGCAAGCAGUCGCCAUUACCAUCGCCAAGACAAGCAAUGGAGUCGUCACCAGGGCCAGCAAGAAGCGCGAGGGCUCCACCAACUCCAACCUGCACCGUCCCGGGGCUCCUGGUCGGCCUCACCAAGCUCUUCAACCUCACCAAGGUCUGCGCAGCACCAUCGCCGGCGGCCGACGACAGCAACGGCGAGGCAGCAGCAGCGACAAAAUGCGGGCCCGACCCCGACCCCGGCCCGGACCCGAGGCUUGUUCUCAUGAGGCUGUUCGACGCGGUGUCGGCGCUCAAGUCCGGCUACGUCAAGCUGCAGCGAGCGCACUUCCCCUACGACCAGGACAAGGUCGCCGCCGCCGACGAGGCCGUGGCGUCCGAGCUCGACUCGGUCGCCGCGCUGCAGUGCCUCUGCACCUCCCGCCGCGGGAUUGGCCCGCUCGUCGACGACCGGUGGGCCCAGGUGCAGCGCCUGGAGGCCGAGGCGAGGCGGAGGGACGCCCACAUCGCCGCGCUCGCGAGGGAGCUCCGGCGGCUGCAGCGGGACAACGCCAGGCUGAGCAGGCAGGUCGUCAGGAGCAGGAACGACGACCGUCGCAGGGCGGGGAUGCUCUCCGUGCCGAAAGAGCUCGCGACGCCCGCGGCGCUCGUGAGACAGUUCGUGGCGGCGUCGAGGUCGGUCGGCAACUUCGCCGAGCUGCUGCUUGGUGGUGCGUGCAGCUUGACGGCGGCGGCUUCGUCGACUGAGUCCAGUGACAGCAGCGGCACAGAUGCAGCGGGAGCAGAGCAGGCGCGGUGGUGGAGGAGGUACUCGCUGGAAGCGCACCUGUGGCGAGCAAUGCUGCUGGUCGGCGGCGCUGGUGCCGGCGACGAGGAGUGCUGCAGCGGCGGCGGCGACGCUGGUAGCAGCUUCCGCCGGAUCAUGAAGCCCCGGGACGCUCUCGACGCGCUGAUGCAGUUCCCGCGGUCGGGGCUCUCGGCGUUCUGCCGCGCGGCCUACAUUGCCGCCGUGCCGGCGGAGGCGGAGGCGGCCGCGUGCGGGAACCUGGACCAUAGGGCCUUCGUGUCCCGGGGCGGCCACCCGAGGACGCCGGUCUACCGCGCGUUCGCGGCCGCCGCGAGGUCCGUGUGGGCGCUCCGGGUGCUGAUGACGGCGGUGGCGCGCUGCUCGGAGCCGGAGUCGGGGCAGGGUGGUGGUGGUGGUGUCAGGAUGUUCUACGCGGGCAGGGGGAGCAUGUACGCGGCGGAGUUCAUGGAGAGCGUGGCUGUGGUGCUUGGCGCGGAAGAAGAAGCUCGCCGCGUGGAGGCGGGGGACAGGGAGGAGAAGCUCAGCGUCGCCUUGACCGUGACGCCCGGUGUUAAGGUCGGCGACACGGUGGUGCGGUGCAGGGUGCUUCUUUGUCGUCGCCGGGAGGGAUUCGUCGGGAUACGUUGACGACUCUUAUCAGCAAGAUAGCUUCUUUUUAGUGCAUUUUGCUUUUUCUUUACGUUCUGUAUCUUUUAUAUCGACAGCCCAAAUAUGCAAGAGUUAUAAUGCAUGUUGAUAUUAGUACCCCAAAUGUACAAGAGUUAUAUGUGACGUUGAUAAGAUUAUUAAACUGGACAGAACCUGAAGUUUGGUGGA